AUGAGGAUUGAUGAUUACAUUACCCGGUUCCUGGCCCUCUCCGUCCAAGGAGGGCUCAGUAAUGAACACGCAGUAGAGCUGCUGGAACGCAAUGUGAACCCCCACAUUGCAGAACAACUCUACCUGCAGGAUAUGAGACAGGACAAACUUUCAGACGCGGCAGAAGAAAUUUGUAAAAUUGGUAGGGCCAUAGAGCUCUACAAAAUGCACCAAGGUGGCGGGACCACCACCAAAAAUGACCUUUCCCAGAGGAGCCCUGGGUCAUCAAACCAAAAACAUAAUCACUCUCACGGGUUCAAGCUGUUCGGGCUGCAGCCAGGGCAGGGUGCUCCUAUGGAUAUCGGUGUCAUGCACCAAAGUUGA